GUACUCGGCCCGAUAUAUAUAUAACACACAGUCAGGGUCAGGGUCGACAAGAAUUAACAGUUCCAUCCUCAGAGCUUUCAUCUGAAAAUUUUCCGUCAUGAUGAUUGGAUUCAUCCUUCUCUUGGUUCUUGGUGGAGCUUUUGCCAAAAGCACUAAGUUGCAAGAUAAGAAAGAUAGCUAUGCUUUGCCAGAAGGAGCUGAACUGCUAGUGGGUCCGAUUAGGUCCACCUUCUCUUGCUUUAGUAAUGGCUACUACGCAGACGUUGACAACAACUGCCAGAUAUUCCACAUCUGUUAUACAACCGAUAAUCCAGACGGCACAAGAAGCCAGCACCAGUAUAGCUUUGUGUGCGGAAAUCAGACGGUCUUUAACCAGCUGACAUUUACUUGCACGUACCCGGAGGAUGCUGUCCCCUGCGUCAACGCUCAGGACUUCUACUAUUUGAACACCCACGUUGAGGCAGCUGAUCCAGAUGUCCACUUCCUCGAUGACCAGGACAUACAGCGAGCCGCCCCUCUCAUAGCUGGUGAACCUUAUUCACGAAGAGUUGAGAAGCCAGUUGCCGGCUACCAACCAGUCCGAAGGAGAUUCGAUUUCGAAAAGUAGAAGAUUUAGUGAAUUCAUCCGUUCAGCUGUGCCAUAUACCGGUUCUCUAUAUGUUUAAUAGACUGUAUUCUACAAAGAACGAAGUUGAUCAUUUGCAACUGAGUACCCGUUGCAAAUUAUUAACGCUGAUUAACAACAUGUUUCUGGUUAAUCAAAAGAAUUUUCUGAAAUUAGCAAUCUUCAUCGUCAAAUCAAAAUGUUUCUCUGGGGUGCCGAUAGUCAUGAAAACAUACAUCUUUAAUUAAUUAACUGAAACCCUUGUACAGUUAAACAAUUCAGGUUUAACAUGCAUUUAAUUCUAGCCACAUUUUUGCGGUUCCAGUUAUAGAAUUAGCCUACAUAAAAGACCUAAGACUUCUCUUGUAAAUUAACUUUUCCAACGCAAGCUUUAGUGAAAACCUUCCAAUAUUGUAUUUAAUCGUAUGUGUAAUUUGCAUAGCUUAGUCUUUCUAAAAUUGCAAUUGUUAAUGUACGUAGGAAAAAAUAUUAAUUCCUUACGAGUUAAGACAGUGUUAAAUCUUCUGAUAUAGAAUGCAGACCUAAAGGAACUAAUUAGAAGAAGUGAGAAAGUACGAAAACUACAAAAUUUCAAAAAAGUAAUUCGAAAUACUUUUUUGAGGUACAACGCUUGACAAAAAGAGAUUCAAAUUAUUCUUGUAAUGAUUUAAUAAUAAGUAUAGCUAUUAAUUUUGUGAGAAGUCUGUGUUUUGCAACUGAAAAUUAGGGGAAAAAAGGUGUGUUUUUUUUUUGGGCAUCAUGUAACAUGAGAUCGGAGUUCUUGAGUUGCCGACUUUCUUGAAGCAAUCUAUCAUUCUCAAAAUCACGCUGAAAACCGUACGAAUCCUUUUUCACGAUUUGUUUUCCAGCAUUUGUUUCAUGACGCUCGUAAGGAGCAUCUUAUAGCGUGCCAAAUCUCUUGCUCUUGUGUUUGUUUUUUGUAUCUUAAUGUGUUUGUUAAAUAAAGCAUGUUCAAGGCAAAA